AGCACAAACAGAUGUAAGUAUUCGCAGCAAUGCGCAGCCGAACUUCGACUUCAGUAGGAGCCAAUUCCCGCCCGUUUUGCAGACCCCUCGAACAACUGCAACAUCAGUCGUGGAGUUGAAUGAAUCCGAGAAGGAAAACAGGAUGUUCCAAUCAGUGUCCGAAACAUGUGCUUCACAUAUGUACCAAACCGCAGCAAGCAGUCCAAUGCGACCGGUAAAAACACCCAGACUGUUUAGACGGUGCCAUUCUGGUGGCGACUUGUGUGCUUCAAGACCAACGUUUGAGGUGGAGCAACUGGCUGAAAUGCUGAAAGCCGUAACAUCUAACAGUAGCACGUCCGACUACUGUACUCGGUUGAACAUCUUGUCACCCACUGAAGCAACUCUAGAAGACGUAAACGAAUACGACUUGAUGUAUGUAUCCUCCAAUUCUUCAAUGUCAAACGGUUCGGACGAGGAGAGCAGUGCAUCUUCAUUGAAGAAAGGGAACCUUCUUGGAUCAACUAAUAGUUCAAGAGUACGCGUGCCUUUUAAGCCAAUGCGGACUAAGACAAUACAAGCGCCAAGCACAGAACCUAAGCUCGAGCACCGCCAUGCCCGAGAAAGUAAAUUAGUAAUUAUUGAUUGUCGAUAUCCGUACGAAUAUUAUGGCGGUCACAUCCAAGGCGCGAUAAACAUGGCGGAGUGGCCCAUAUUGCGAAGGUUUCUGUUCGGAUCCCACGGCAGAUGUUGCGCAAAUAAAUUGGCCCCAAAACUUCCUCGUUCUAGCAGAACCGUCUUCGUAAUGCACUGCGAAUUUUCAUCACAACGUGCUCCUAAAUUGUUCAAUUUGUUGCGCAAUCACGAUCGCUUAAUCCACAUGAGUUUUUAUCCGGCUUUGCGGUAUCCAAAGAUUUUUCUGCUGCGUGGGGGUUAUGCAGCAUUUUUCCGAAGUCAUCCAGAGCUGUGUGAGCCAUCAGCAUACGUAAAAAUGCACAGUUUUCCCGAACUACUUUCUAGUUGGAGUCGACACUGUGAAAUUGUCAAUCGGAGAAACUCCGUAUGCUGUGAUUGCUGGCCUGGUGUAGUUAGACUACCACUAUUCCCAUUACCGAUACAAUGAUCUCCUCCAACCUGGUGAGAUGAGGACACGCCCAGAAAAUUUGUGAUCCUUGGUGAUUAUAAGCCAAAAUUUCUAUCCUUCAUUCAUUUUUGCUGCUUUAAGAAUAUUUUUAAAGAUGCAGCACUCAGGAUAAUUUUUCCCUUUAAUGGACUGGCACGAUCUUUUAUAACUUAAAUUUUUAUUAUUUUGCCUAUCCUCUGAAACCCAACACCAACAGGAUGCUGUGGAAACCAUCGAUCCACGAUCUUCAACGUCUCAUCUGACACAAAGCUGAAGAAUUUUUAUUAAAUAUAGGAAACCGACUGAUUGGUCUCUGCAACAGAGGCAAGCGAGUUUCGCUCAAAUCAGACGAGAUGCUUUUAUUUCGUUUUGGUACAUCGCACUGCCACGCAACUUUAGAUUACAUUCACAUUACGAACAAUAUAUACUUCUCAAUGCGAGUUAUUUCUUACUGCUUAUUUAAACACCUUAUGCUU